CCCUUUGUUCGGCGGGAGGCGGCGGCGCGCCGCCCCGCCGCUUUGUCCGCCGCUGCCGGCGGGAGCCGCUCGUCCCGGUGCGCCGGUUUGAGUCAACUGCCUAGCCAGGAUGAGCUGGAGUUUCCUGACACGGCUCCUGGAGGAGAUCAACAACCACUCAACCUUUGUAGGCAAGAUCUGGCUGACCGUCCUCAUUGUCUUCCGCAUUGUGCUGACAGCCGUGGGGGGUGAGUCCAUCUACUACGACGAGCAGAGCAAAUUUGUCUGCAACACGCAGCAGCCAGGCUGCGAGAACGUCUGCUACGACGCCUUCGCCCCCCUCUCCCAUGUCCGCUUCUGGAUCUUCCAGAUCAUCAUGGUGGCCACACCAUCAGUGCUCUACCUGGGCUUUGCCAUGCACCGCAUCGCUCGCAUGCCUGAGUCCUCACGGCGCCGGACACCAGCAGCCCGGCGGGCACGCAUGCCGGUGGUGCGCCGGGGAGCCGGGCGGGACUAUGAGGAGGCAGAAGAUGAUAACGAAGAAGACCCCAUGAUCUUUGAGGAGAUCGAGGUGGAGAAGGAGAAGAGUCCAGAGGGUGGAGAGAAGCACGAUGGCCGGCGCCGCAUCAAGCAGGAUGGGCUGAUGCGUGCCUAUGUUCUGCACCUGCUGUGCCGCUCACUGCUAGAGAUGGUUUUCCUCUUUGGGCAGUACCUGCUGUACCGCUUUGAGGUGAGCCCCUCCUACGUCUGCAGCCGCAGCCCCUGCCCGCACACCGUCGACUGCUUUGUCUCCCGCCCCACCGAGAAGACCAUCUUCCUCCUCAUCAUGUAUGCUGUCAGCGGGCUCUGUCUCUUCCUCAACCUCUGCGAGCUCUUGCACCUUGGUGUGGGGCGCAUCCGUGAUGCCCUGAGCCAGUCUGGUGGCCCCCCGCUCCCGAAUGGCGACAGUCCUGCGCCACAGUACCCCAAGAAGGCCCCCAGUGCACCCCCCACCUACCACUCGCUGAAGAAGGAGCUGCCACAGGCCCCGCUGACCAACGGCAAGCUGGACUACCGGGAGAGCCUGGCACAGGGGCGCUUUGCCCUGGCUGGGGCUCCCCCGGCGCAUGAGCUGGACCGGCUGCGUGAGCAUCUGCGCCUGGCCCAGGAGCACCUGGAGGUGGCCUUCCAUCUCCAGCCCCCGCCGCGGCCGCCCAGCCCUGCCCGCAGCACCAGUCCCGAGGCCAACGGCAUUGCCGCCGAGCAGAACCGCCUCAACCUCGCCCAUGAGAAGGGGACCACCGCCUGCGACAGGACCACGGGGCUGUGAGUGCCACCAGGAAAGAUGGCGGUGACUGCUGGAGCGGCUGCUGCUGCCACCGUGGGACAGGCAUCCUGCCAGGAGCACAGGGUGGAGGAUACCAUGUGCCUGUCCAGCAGGGCAGUCUGGGCAGCCCUGUCCUGGUGGGCAGUGGAGGGGACGGGGGCCAUGGGGUUCAUUCCUACUUAAUUUUCAAAAAGGGAAUAUCUUAUUUUUGUACAUUUUUAUAAACUCAUCUGCGUGUGCACCCUGGCAUUUUUAUACUCCAUCCUGAUAUCCCUUCUGGGCCUAUGCUUCCCUAUCUCCCAUUUCACCUUCUUUUCCUCCUCCCACACCCAUUUUCUGCAGCAUGUUCUCCUCACACCUCCCUGUGCCCCCCAUGCUAGCUGCCACCCGCUGCAGCACCAGCCAGUGCUGUGCAUGUGCAUCACCAGGGUGAUGCUGGUGAUUUUGGUACUGCCCCCAAGGUGUGGGGCUUUAGGGGAGCAGGCUGGGGGUCUGGUUGGCUGGGCUGAGUUGUGGGACAGAGAGCUGGGCUGGCAUUACACUUGAAGUGGAGGGGAUGGAAGGGGUCCUGGUGGCACUGCUGCCAGAAUAGGGCCAGUAUGGCCGUGGUGUGCUGCAUCCUGGCACGGGGGUGUGAGCUGUGGGCUGGCCUGCUCAGAAAUGUCUGUGCAGAGGUCAGGGGCUGUCCUUCCUGCUGCCUCCGCCCUGUCCUGGCAGGUCGCCCUUGGACCAAAACUCAUCUCCUCCCACUCUUCCUGCGGGGCUGGGACCCCACACACAGAGCCAGACCCUGGCCCCACAGUGUGGGGACACGGUGCCCCGAGCUGGGCUCGGCCAGGAGCCAGUGGAGCGUUUCUCAUCAUCUCAGCCUGGGUCACACGGGGACUUUUGUAGCGUUGUUUUUUACUCGGAAAUAAUUGUCACUCUGUUUUUCUUCCUUUUUUUUUUUUUUUUUUUUUAAUAUCUAUAUUAGUAAAGGCUGAAGACGUUUUGUACUGAA